AUGUUUACCAUGAGCUGCUUGUUCCGUGCCCCGCGGCGAGCUCCCGGCUGUCCCCCGAGGCGGAAGCUGCUGCGAGGGUCCCGGGGCAGGAGGAGGAGACAGGUGGGUGGGGGGAAAGGUAAGUUUGAGGGGCAGAUUUCCCCUGAGGCCCAUCAGAACACAGCCGGGCGACAGACGGACGGGCAGGAGCAGGAGCGAGACAUCACUCUCUCUCGGUCUAUGAAUAUCCCUGAAGGCAGCUGGUCCCUCCGCUCCGUCAGCACCACACCGCCCUACACCGCCCCACACUGCUCAGCCCUGUCCCGUCCAGAGGAGAGGCCGCAGCUGCCCCAAUCCAAGCCAGGACCCAAACUCACCUCCAAGUUCAACAUUAGGCCCCCGAGUCCCUGA